GGAGGGUUAUUCAGUAAAGAUGACGCACCAUGCAAGGUUAGCGGUGAAAAAAAAUCGCCUAAGAAAGCUGCUGGUUAGCUUGAGUUGGACCCUGGCCAGCCAAUUUUAUCAAUUUGUAUGCGACUUUUGGAUUUGAACGCGUUCUAAAUUUAGAAGGGUGCUGAUAUAGUUUGAAAGACAAGAUGCCUCUUUAUGACUGCAUGCUUUUGGUGAAGCCCACUGUACCAAAGGAGGCCCUUCUUGAUUUGCUUGCGCGGGUGGGAAAGCAUGUUUACAGAAGAAAUGGAGUAGUGACUGAUAUGAAGUCCUUUGGAACUGUUCAAUUGGGUUAUGGAAUUAGAAAACUCGAUGGACGAUAUUAUAAGGGCAAUCUGCUACAGAUGACUAUGAUGACACCGCCCAGCAUAAACUCUGAGCUGUACUACCUGAACAAGGAAGACCGGUUGCUCCGUUGGCUUCUGAUCAAACACCGUGACUUUAAAUUCGGAGGGGGCUCCACAGGUGAAGUUGAUAUCGCGAACGAGCUCAGAGAUUUCAGUACUAUUUUUAAAGAUGGCAAAAUUAUUGAAGAGGAGGAGGAUGAAGAUGACGACGACGAUGAUGAUGAUGAGCAAUCUGAAUGAGGAGAAAGCAUGAAUUAGAGAUGUUUUCCUUGUCUUCUUGGUGUGGUUUUUAUGUGAUUAGGUCGACUGAAACUCGUAGUGUGAUAAAAUGAAAUAUGCAAUCAUUUUGUAUUGAAUGAUGCUGCAAUUUGUGAUUCUGUGUCAAAUCUCAAAUGCAGAUGUUGAAAGUGAUUGGUAGAGGAUUUUCUUAUAUCCAAAAAUUUCUUCUUU